AUGAUUUGUAAGUUGAGCGAUGGCUUCGUCUGAAUUCUGUCAGGACAAAGAAGUUAAGGUUCCAUUAAGUUCCAUACAAAACCAACAAACUGAGCAUAGAACGGAAGUUUCUUCACUUCAGAAGCCUAAAGCUGUGCGAGAUGGCCAGUACAGUGAUCCAGUAUAUAAGAAACUGUCCUUAAUCAAUGGAGAAAUUAACAAACUCACCAAGGAUCAGCUUCAGGCAAAAUGCGCUGAGCUACGGCUGGACACAAGGGGCAUGAAAGAUAUCCUGAAGAAAAGGAUAAAGAAUUAUUACAAGCGUAAAAAGCUUAUGAAGGCUCGUGUUCAUCCCCCGGAGGGUAGCAAGACUCCUUAUGAUUAUCUUCUGGUCAUAGACUUCGAGGCAACAUGCGAAGAGGAUGUGGAAAACUACAACCAUGAAAUCAUAGAAUUUCCUGCCAUUCUGGUAGAUGUACAACAGAACAAGAUUGUAGAUGAGUUUCACAGUUAUUGUCGGCCAUUGUUGAACCCCCAGCUGAGUAAAUUCUGCUGUAACCUAACUGGAAUAACACAGAGUCAGGUGGACACAGCUGACUCGUUCCCAUUAGUGUUAAAAUCCAUGGAGAAAUGGAUGGAGUCCCAGUGUCUAGGUUCAGAGAGGUCUUUUGCUGUAGCCACAGAUGGUCCCUGGGAUAUGAGUCGUUUCUUGAAUGGGCAGUGUUCUCUCAGCGACAUUACCUUCCCUCAGUGGGCACGGCGCUGGGUUAACGUGCGCAAGACCUACGCAAACUUCUACCAGUGUCGCCGAACAAAGAUAACGAACAUGCUGGAGAACCUGGGCCUGACAUUUGAGGGAAAUCUACACUGUGGCCGAGAUGACGCUCGUAACAUCGCCCAGAUCUGCAUACGUAUGAUGGAAGAUGGCUGCGUGAUACGUCCUAAUGAAGAACUGAGAUGUUGGACGCCUGGAGAACUAAGGGCAUACAGCUCGGACGUCACCACAGCAACAUUGACCCACAGUAAUAUAUGCGAGGAAAAUAAAUCCAAGAAGAAGUCGCCCCGGAAGUCUGCCUCAGUGGAUGUGGUGUCGGCCUUCAGUUGUCUUGCUAUAACUACGCAGGCUGAUCACAAUGACUCUGAUCAAGAGGACGUAGAAGACUUGUUGCAGUAUUACAGGCUACAAAAGUCCUAGAGCAUGCCCGUGUAGGUAGGCAUAUAAGUUCAGUGUCAGUCAUGUUUGAGACACAUCCAGAAGAUGUAUGCAUCGUAAGGGUGAAUCUUUAUGCAUCUUUCCGAAGGUUGAAUCUGUAUGCUUCAUACUGAAAUGGUGAAUUUGAAUGCUUAAUACUGAAGGGCGAAUUGGUGUGCAUCACACUGAAGGGUGAAUCCGUAUGCUUCAUACUGAAUGGUGAAUCUGAAUACAUCAUACUCAUUACUGACGGGUGAAUCGGAAUCCUUCAUAUUUUACCCUUGAAUCUGUAUGCUAAAUGCUGAAGGGUGAAAUUGUGUACAUUACACUGAAUGGUGAAUCUAUCUUGCAUAUUGAAUGGUGAAUCUGAAUGCUUCAUGCUGACAGGUGAAUCUGUAUGCUUCAGACUGAAGGUUGAAUCUGAAUGCUUCAUACAGUAGGGUGAACCUGAAUGCAUCUCACUGAAUGGUGAGUCUAUGCUUCGUACUGAAUGCUUUAUACAAUAGGGUGGACCUGAAUGUAUCAUACUGACUGGUGAAUCUUGACGCUUAAUACUGAAGGGUGAAUUUGUGUGCAUCACACGGAAGGAUGAAACCAUGCUUCAUACUGAAUGGUGAAUCUGAAUGCUUCAUACAUAAGGGUGAACCUGAAUGCAUCAUGCUGACAGGUGAAUCUGUAUGCUUCGUCCUGAAGGGUUAAUCUGUAUGCUUCUUACUGAAUGGUGAAUCUGAAUGGAUCAUACUCAAUGGUGAAUCUGAAUGCAUCAUUCUGACGGGUGAAUCUGUAUGCUUCAUACCCCAAGGGUGAAUCUGUAUGCUUUGUAUAGGCGGGUGAAUCUGAAUGAAUCGUACUGAAGUGUAAAUCUGAAUGCGUCAAACUGAAUGGUGAAUCUAGGCAUUAUACUGAAGGGUGAAUCAGAAUGCAUCAUACAGAAAUGUAAACUCAGAUGCAUCAAGCAGAACACUGAAUUUUUAUGCAACGUACACAACAGAUGCCUA